CUAGUGAUGGACAGCACCUCUUUUUCCCCUUUUCCCUUCUCUGCCAGCUGCCCCACGGAGCAGCCUGACACUGCCACUGACCAUGACUACUACUCUGGGCUGCAGAGGGCCAUGCACAUCCUCUCCAUGGUGGUGUACAGCAUCGCCUGUUUGCUGGGGGUGUCAGGCAACGGCCUCGUCAUUUGGAUUGCAGGCUUCAAGAUGAAGAAGACGGUGAAUUCCAUCUGGUUCCUCAACCUGGCCAUAGCUGACUUCAUCUUUACCUUCUUCCUGCCCCUCAGCAUCGCCUACACCGCCCUGGGCUUCCACUGGCCCUUUGGGAAGCUGCUGUGCAAGCUGAACAGCACCAUGGCCUUCCUCAACAUGUUUGCCAGCGUCUUCCUCCUGACGGUGAUCAGCAUGGACCGCUGCGUUUCUGUGGCGUUCCCCGUCUGGUCUCACAACCGCAGGAGCCCGGAGCUGGCGGCCAGGAUCGCGCUGGGGACGUGGGGCCUGGCUGUGCUGCUCAGCUCCCCAUACCUCGUCUUUCGGGACACCCUGGUCAGCUCCAGGAACGUCACCAGUUGCUACAAUAAUUUUGCUCUGUCUGAUGAUUAUACAUCGGAGGCGACGCGCAGGCUGUGGAGGGUGCGGCACAAGGCGAUGAUCGUCACGCGGUUCUUAUGUGGGUUCCUCAUCCCCUUCGUGGUGAUUCUCAUCUGCUACAGCGUCGUGGCUGUCAAGCUGAAAAGAAGGCAGCUGGCCAACUCUGCAAAGCCCUACAGAAUCAUCAUUGCUGUCACAGUCUCGUUUUUCCUCUGUUAUUUCCCAUAUCACGUCUUCUCCUUGCUGGAAAUAUCCAACAACUCUUCCAGCCAUGAGAUGAAACUGGCCCUUUACAUAGGGAUCCCCUUGGUUUCCAGCCUUGCUUUCUUCAACAGCUGCAUCAACCCCAUCCUGUAUGUCUUUGUGGGGCCGGAUUUCAAGGAGAAGUUCCGCCAGUCCAUCCUGUCCGCCUUUGAGGGGGCCCUCAGCGAGGAGUCGGUCCUGGGCAGCCUGACCGGCCGGCGCAAGUCCAGGUCUGCUUCGGAAGUGGAGGUGCCGAGGGUCUGAGCAGGGGCUGCUGUGGAAGGGGCCGUUCUUUUCUCUGCAAUUUCCCUCAUUUCAGAGCUCAAAUCGUGGGACUGGGGACUGUGAGGGGCUGCACAUGCUAGCGAGGUGGGAUUUUGUGUUUUGGAGAUGUCUCAAAUAUGCUG